AUAGGGGGUUGAGAUGAGGCAAGGAAGCAUGUACCUUACGUAAAAAAGCUUUUUUUAUGUGGGCGUUCCUACAAUAAAUCUACCUUUCGGAAAGCACAAAAUCAGUCAGAAAGUCGACCAAGCGGAGUACCAUAGCAACCACAUCACAUUUUGUCCAUGCAACGAGUUUCUUUCCGGAAGCAAACCAUGUCCAAUUAUUGUCUGGCUGAUCACAACCUGGUAAUUUUUCCGCCAGUGCGUCCCAAAUAUACGCCGCGUGACUGGGACCUGAACAAUCGCACCAAGAACAUAUUCUCCGUCAACCAGCAAACCCUAGCGGAACGGGUCAUCUGUGAAAGUGAACGAGUGAUCGAUGAAACCAAGUUCACCACCGAGCUAAACAAAAAUGAAUCCGACUUUCGGCUGAAGGAACGCAUCUCCGAUAUUAAGUUCCGGCUAGACGAGCUAACGAAACAAAAAAAGGAUGCCCAUGUCGAGGAGGAAGCGCUGAAGGUGUACAAACGGAGGACACUGGAUGCUAUCAAUACUUUGAGGGAAAUUGCUCUUCCCAUCUGUCAAAAAUGUAUCAUAAUGCGGGAAAUGAGACAGGGUGUCGAUCUAGUGUUCGACGAAGUAGACAAAGAGUUAAAACGGGAAUUAGGAGUCAUUAAUGGCUCCAUCGAGUUACUGCAUAAGUUGAUGGACGAAGGCGUUGAACAGCUGAGACGACUCAGAGCGACGAUCUAUUUGCUGGAUCGUGAUUUAUCCAACAAGGGAAAAUCGGUGCAAAUCGACGAGAAGAACAUCGAAUUGCGGCACAACCAGAUGGGAAUGAAGGUGUAUGAUGGAACGGUCCCGCUGGAUCCCUACAACAACACCGACCCCGAGUGGAUACGCGUAACUAACGCCAACAUUGAAAACACUGCCAAGGAAAUUAAUUCAGCACAAACGCUACGCUCCUACAUCGACCAGAUAUUAAAACAGGCUGCCGAAGACAUUCGCCAGCAGGUGGAACGUACAAAUGCGGCCUUUGCGAAGCGAAUCUCCGAAAUGCGCUACACUAAGGUCAAGCUAGAAAACGUCCACAAGGAAACGACACGCCAGGUUAACGAAUUGACGCGAAACGUGACCAAACUGGAGAUGGAAAUAGCCGAAAAGGAGGGCUACGUUGCGCUGGCCCAGAUGCGGAUGGCUAACCGAGCUCACCGACCCGGAAUGGAGCUGUGCAAGGAUAAUGUGUACAAUAGUUUGAAAAAGGAAAUGGCUGCACUGCGGGAAAAUGUCUCUAAGCUAGACCAAAUGCUGGUGCAAUCGAGGGCGACGUUGCGGUAUCUGUUGAACACCCAGGUAAUGCAGGAAGAUGAGAUCAAUCUAAAGACCAGUUCCCUCAAGAUUGAUGAGGCGGACUGUAUGACAUUGAGGGAGAGUUUGAAUUUUCAAAAUUUUUGAAAUGGCAUCGAAAGAGUUUAGCGAAAAUUGCACAUUAGUGGUAUUUAGUGAGGUGUUCUGCAUUAGGAUUUCUUUCGUGGCAAUGAGCUUAGGAGUUUCGGCCA